AUGUAUAAUAAUGAUAGUAGUAAUAUUCUUCCAUAAGGUACUUAAUGCAUUUAUAAUGAAUGGAAUCUAUGGGAUUAAGAUAAUUUAUAUAAAAUUGAUUAGAAUUGGAAUUUUUAAGAUGAGAAUUAGUAUGUGUCAUUUGGUUAGGGAUUUUGGUUUCAAUAUCUUCCUUACAAAUAAGACUAUUUAACAUGUAAAAGUGAUUUGUAACAUUUAUUAGAGAUAACUGAUGAAUAAUUUAGCUUAGUCAUUAUUAAUUACUUUUUGUACUCAUUAAAACGAAUUUCAGAUGAUUCAUAAUUACUAUUCAUUUUCAUAUAACUAAAUAAGAUGGAAAAAACCAUUUAAUUAAUAAUAUAUAUAUACGCACAGUAAUCAAUAAUAAAAAAAGCAAUUCCUAUUGAUAUUUUCAAUUUUGAAGGAGUUUGGAUUUUCUUUUAUUUUUAUAAUCAUUAUCAGAACAAUCAAUUGUCUUUAUAUUAUUAUCAAUCUAAUCUUGAUUCACUUUAUUAAGAAACUUUUGAUUCAGUCAUUCAAAUUCAAAAUACAGAUUCUAUCUCAACUUAAAUUAGAUCUUUUUUAAACAUUUAAAUAUCUGGAUAAAAUAUAAUCACAUACCCUUUUCCAGGAAUUAUUAAAUAAGUAGAAAAUACAUCUAAUAAUAUCUUAUUAGAUUUAAAUUAUUUUAAAUUAAUAUGUUAUAUUUAACUAAAUUGCUUAGAAUAAUAUCAUCAGUUUGUUUUUGAUAUAGAAUUACGGUAUGAUAAUUAUUUUUUGAAAUAUCUUUCUUCUAUGUUCACAGAUUAGAAUACAUUUAAAUUUUUUGGUUGGGUUAAAUAAGAUAAAUAAGAUGUAGAAGGAAAAUUGGAUAGUUUACUAAUGAGAAUAACAAUAAAUGGGCAUAACUCUAAUGAUUAUCAAAUUGGUGAUAAAUUGUUAUAUGUCAUGUAUCAUCAAAAUAAAAUAGUAAGAUUUAAUGGAUUUACAGCUUAAACUUAUAGUUAUUCCUUUCCUUAUACAACAACUCAUUAAACAAAAGAAGAUGAAACUUUUACUAUCUUAGAUAGUUCUUUAAGUGAUUAAUUAACUGAAUGGCAUUUUAUUUAGUAUGAAGAAGGAUCUUCUAUUAAUGAAGGGAAACCUAUUUAUCGCGUAUAUUUUCCUAUAAAUGAUUAAUUUAUCGAAUGCAAAUGGAAUAAUUAAGUUCAUCACUUUUCAAGUGUAAACUUAUAUUUUUAUAUUGGAGGAGAUGAUUAUUCUGCUAACAAUUUUAAAGGAUAAUUAAGCGAUUGGAAAAUAAUUUCUUAUUGUGAAAAAUACUUUGAAUCUAAAUUAGAAAUAAGUUGUUAUUAUAAUUGUUAAACUUGCAAAGGGCUAUCUGAAUUUGAUUGUUUGAGUUGCCCAAUGGACUCUAAUAGAAUAUUCUCACCAAAUGAUAAUACUUGUUCUUGUCAAGUUGGUUAUAUUGAUGUUUAUGGAAAUCCUUCCUGUUUAAGUAUAUCAUAAUAAAAUUAUAGCAUUAAAUUAAAUUAAUGGAGCCUUAGUAUUACAAGUCAAAGAAAUAAUUUGUGAAAAUACCGGAUUUUAUUAGUGUGAUGAGUUUUAGGUGAUUUGUGAAUUCGGCUACUUUCCACAUAAUAAUUAAUGCUUAAAAUGGUAUUGAUUUACUUAUAUAAGUCCUUAAUUUUCAAAUGAUAUAUAAUCAAACUAAUUAUUUUGUGGAGAAUGCUAUCUUGAUCAAACUAAUUUUCAUCUUUAACUUAAAUGCUCUUAUGAUUUUAUAUCUAAGUUUGAUUAUUCUCCAUUUUAUUAAAAUUAGAGAGAUGUUAGUAAAAUAUAAAUGUACAAAAAUUAAUAUUAUAUAGAUAUAAAAUAAAUUUAAUUAAUCAAAAUGACUAUUCCUUAACAAUUAUUGAAGGAUAUUUAGGAGAUGGUUAUUGCAAAUCCGGAUACUUUAUGAAUUCACAAGGCUUUUGUUAAAUUUGUAUAGAUGGGUGUUUUAAUUGUUUUAGUAUAAAUUAUUGCUCUGUUUGUCUUCAAGGUUAUUUUAAAACAAAUGAUGGAACUUGCUAAAAAUGUCAAAUAUGUUAAGAUUGUUAUUUUGAAAAAGGUGUUGAAUUUUGUGUAAACCAAGUUGAAUGUCUUCCAAGGUAAUAUUUAGGUUAGGAAAAAUGCAUGGAUUGUGGAUAGUAUUGUUAAUAAUGUAAUUAAGAUUAAUGUUUUUAUUGUAUUGAUAAUGAAAAAUAUUAUUUAAGCUUAGAUGGCAUAAAUUGUGGUUUUUGUUCAAUUAAAAAUUGCUAAUACUGCUUUGAAUAUAUUUAUUAAGAUAAUAAUAAUCUAAUUAUCUCAAUAGAUAUAAAUAGAGAUUAUAUUUAAUUAGAUAUGUAUGAAGUUCAUAUAGGAUGUGCUCAAUGUUACAAUGGAUAUUAUUAUUCAUUUGAUACCAAUAAAUGUGAAUAAUUUAAUGAUAAUAUGUAAUUGUGUGAAGUUGGAGUAAGUUUGCCUUAAAGUCAAAGUAUCACUUGUUUAAAAAGUAAGUCAUUAACAAAUUCUAUUUAAACUACUAAUUGUGAAGAUUCUCUAUUAUGUUAAGAAUGCAUCAAUAACUAUAAUUUUGCGAUAAAUUCACUCUGUAUUGUAUGUUAAGAAGGAUACUAUUCAAAUAUUAUUACUGGAUUAUGUAAAUAAUGUCCUUCUUCAUGUAAAACAUGUGCUUAAUAAAAUAUUGGAAAAAAUGACUAUUGGAAAUAGUAAAUAAAAGCAUUUUAUUUACAUUUUGUUAAUUAAAAUGGUUAACAUCCAUUUGAAAAUUAUGCAGUUAAUUUUGAUCUUGAUUUUUAAGAAAUAAUUUGUUUAAGUUGUAAGAACAACGAAAUAUUAUAUAACUAAGAAUGCGUUUAAGGUUGUUCUGAGAAUUGUUAAGAUUGUAGAAUCGUGGAUUAUGGUAGGUCUAUUUAUAGAAGUCAUUGUUACAAAUGCUAAUCAAAUUUAUUUAACAGUGUAAGAAGUUUUAAAUUUGAAUAUAUAAAUUAAUUAUAUAAUCAAUGUGAAACUUGUCCAAAAUAUUGUUAGGCUUGUUAUUUUAGACAUAUUGAAGAAAUUGCCUCAAUAAAUAAGUUUUUUGAUAACACUUCUGAUUAUCGAAAAUAUACUUUUAAAUGUUAUCGAAUUCAAAAUAAAGGAACUAGCAAUAUUUACAUUCACCCUAACAUUUUAGCAAUUCAAUCUUGUCAAAAUUUAUAGAAGUGUUCCAAAGCUAUUGAUGUCAUUUUUAAAGUAUUUAGAACUAGAAAAAAUUUAAAUGAUGCAAGAAAGUUGGAAACCAAUCAAACUUUGCUUGAUAGAUAUGUAGAUUUUUAAACUAUUAUGACAAUAGACGAUUGGAGUAGAUUUGAAGAAUCUUAAUUUUUAGAAUAUUGUAAUUAAGAAUUAAUAGAAGAAAUUAAUAUUAACUAUUAUCUCUAAAAUACAAAAAACUCUGAAUAUUGGUAAUUAGGGUAAAGUGGAGGUUUGAGUAACAGAUUAAAGGAAAGAGUAUUUUUAUUAAAAUAUGUAAAUCUCAAAUUAAUAGGUGAAGAUACAAAAAUCCCUUUUAAAUGCGAAGAUUAAUUAACCUUUUUUAAUUUUGAUAAAAUAGUUUUUGAGGAUAUAAAUUUUUAUGCCCCUAUACCCAUUAAAUAAGAAUAGGAAAAUAACAUUACUUUUAAAUUGUAUUUUGAAAAUGAUCAUUAUCCUAUGUCAGUGAAAUUAAAAAAUGUAAAUUUCUUUCAAUAUCCUUUCAAUUAUAACUUAGAAUUCUAUAUAAUUUGUAAUCGACCAAAAAGUAUUCAAUUUAUAAAUGUUGAACUAACUUUAAACAUUAGUAAUUCUCUAUUCUUAAAUUAUGAACCUUUUUCAGACUUUGAAGAUUCAACUUUCUAUGUUGAAAACCUUACAAUUUAGAAUAAUUUAUUUAGUAAUGUUACAGUUUUUAAAUAUUAUGCAAAACAUAAUUCACUUAAUUGCACUAUUACAUUUAAAUAAGUAACAAUUCAGAAUACCUUUUUUUCAAAUAAUUCUAGUUUUAUUAAUUCAAAUUAUGAUCAAAACUAUGACAUUGGGAUUGUAUAGCUUGAGGACUUUUUAUUGAAAGAUGUGACAUUUUAAAAUUCUUCAACUUUUUUAAUACUUCUAUCAUCCUAGAGAUUAAGUUUAAAAAAUUUUACUCUUUUUAAUGUAAGAUUUUUAGACUCAUCAUCAUUUUUAAUAGCCAACACUUUUGAAAUUUAUUAAUUAAAAUUACAACAUAGUAUUAUUUAAAAGGGAUACAUUAUAACUAACAAAGGAAAAUUUAGUGAGUCAUUAUAAGUUAGAUAUCAUUCUGAAUUUUUAUCAAUAGAAGACAUAAACUUUUCAAAUAAUUAGUAUUUUAAAGAAAACUAAUUCAUUUAUAUAGUAUAAGAUUAAGUUUAAAAUAUAAGUUUGAGUAUUAAAAAGUUUGAAUUUAAUCAAAACUAUUUUCAUAAUAUUUAGAUUGGUAAACUUGCUUAUAAUUUUGCUACAAGUUAGAUUUCUUAAAUGUACAUAGAAUGUACUUAUUGUUAUCUUAGUGAUCUGAAAAUUAUAAGAGGAUUAGGUUAUCCUGAAUUAACAAUUAUGAACUCUAAGUAUAUUUCAAUUGUUAAUUUAAAUAUAAUAAUUAACCCUUCUUUAAAAUUAAAAUUGAUUCAUACUUCUAUUAAUUGUGUUAAAUAAUUUUAUAGUCUUGAUUUACCUUAUAUUAUUUUUAUUCAAUCUUUUAAUUAGGUAAUUUUAGAUUCAAUAAAUAUUUUGAAUAAUGUAAUUAUUGAUUACCCUUUUAUAUAAAUAAUUGGUGAACGCUUUAGUGAUUAAAAUGAAUUUGACAAGAUAUAUGUUUAAAAUUCCAUUUUUGAAAAUAAUAAUUUAAUUAUCACUUAAUUCAAUAGAAUUUCAUCAAUAAUUUCAAUUUAAGCUUCCCUCAAUACUUAAAUUGAGGUAAGAAAUGUAACAUUUAAAGACAAUUUGAUAAAUAAAUUUGAAGAUGAUCCAUAGUUACAUUCAUCAUCUACUAUGUUUAUAGAUUUAUAAGUUGGUUAAGUUAUUUUUGAAAAUGUAAGGUUUUUAUCAAAUAUGGUUUUAAAUUCAUCAGAUUCAAACUUAUUUAUAAAAACAGAUAAUCUAACAUUAAUUAAAUGUUAAUUUAUAGAUUAAAAUAGACCUAAUUUCAGGUUGGUUUAGUAAUAUAUCCUUUUUGAUAAAUUUUAAAUUGAUCAAGAAAAAAUAAUGUCAAAUAUUUUAGUAACUUUUAGCAUAGGAGGAAGUGGAUUAUUUUAUAUAAAUAAAUUAAUAAUCUCAGAAAUAAAUGUUAUUAAUUCUUUGGCAGUCAAUGGUGGAGCAUUUUAUAUUGUAAUUAAAUCAGUAGGUAUCCUCUAAAUUUAGAAUUCAACUUUUGAAAAUACAUCAACAUUACUAGAUGGUAAUUAAUUUUCAUCUGGAGGCACAUUAUACAUAGAUGCAUCAAAGAGCAGACUAAUUCUAUAGAUUUCUGAUUCAAUCAUAUAAAGGGCAUAUUCUCGAACUUAAGGUGGUGCUAUCUAUAUAGAAGCAUCAAGAACAUUUAAUGAAAUAAACUUUAAUAAUCUCUCUAUUCAAAAUGCUUUCUCUUUAUAACAUGCAAUAUUAUCUUAUUACCCAUACAAAUUAUCUUCAUUAAGUUCUAAUAUACUUAUAAAUAACUCUUUUUUUUAAAGUAACGAAUUAGAGUUCAAUAAUUAUUUAUCAAAAAUUUCAGACAUUUCUAUUUAAGAUGUUCAACCUUUUUAAAGUAAUAAUCCCUCAAUUUAUGCAUAAUUUAGUAAUUUUAGCAUGCUCAACACUAAAUUUUAUUCUAUUCAUCUUUCUUUUUUAAUCCAGAUUUAAAAUGGAAUAAAUGUUAAUCUAAUCAAUAUACAUAUCUCAAACACUACAAUAUUUAAAUCACCAAUUUUUAGAAUUAUUUUAAGGGAAGGUAUAUUAUAUAAUAAUUUUUAGAUAUAACUGCUUAAUUAAUUGUUCAGAAUUUAUAUGUAAAUUCUGUCUAAUAAUUUCAAUUUGAUUAAAACUUGAACUGUACUCCAGGAAAAAUUUAAGAAUAAAAUAAACUAUUAUGUCCAAUUAAUGCCUCUACAAUUAUUUUAAGUCCUACAGUAAACAUUCAAGAAAACAAUACUACAAAUUAAUUAAAUUGUAAUAAAAAUUUAAUUUAUUUUUAAUCUUAAAAUAACAUGAGUCUUUUUGAAUUAAAAAAAUUAUCUAAAUCUCAUCAUAUUAUUUUUGAUGAUAUUUAAUUUACUUAAUGUAACUGUCCAGGCUGUUAUUUUGGACUAAUUUCAAUCUAAGAUUUUAGUUUUACUUAAUUAAGUCUGAAAAUCAACUCUAUGAAUUUGUAGAAUAAUAUUUGUGGUACUUUAGGAUGUUUAUCUAUAUUAAGAACUAUAGAAAACAAUUCAUUAAGUUCCUUAGAACCAAACAGAAUUUUAACUUAAUAAGAUUUAAGUAGGCUAGAAUUUAUGGAGAUAUAUCAAUUUCAGGUGAAAAUUUAAAAUAGCAUAUUUUAAAAAAAUACUGCAUAUUAUGGUGGUGCAUGCUAUUUUUCAAGUGUAAAUAUACUACUUGAUAGUUGCAAAAUAAAAUUUAAUAUUGCAUAGAAAUAUGGUGGAGGUAUUUUUGUAUUUGCUAACAAUACACAUAUCACUAUUAUAAAUAGUGAAAUUGUGAAUAAUUAAGCAACAAUUGCAGGAGGGCUUUAUUUAAAAAAUGAUCAAUUAUAAAAUCCAUAAAAACUUAAUUUAAUUUUGAAAGCAAACGCUGCUAAUAUAAGUGAAAACUCUUAUGAAACUCCUAGUCUAUUAAAGACCUAAAUAAGAUCUUAAAUUAUUGAAAAUAGCUCAAAUUUAUUUAGAAAUUAGACAACAAUAAUAGAUUAAGUUUAGAUAACUCCUUAUUAAACUUUGCAAGAUUCCUAGUAAACAACUUAGCUCUAUUUCCCUACAGGAAUUAGUAUAUCUAAAUAUAAAUAUUUUAACAACUUAACGAAUGAAUAUUAAAACUACAAUUUAUCAUUUAGAAUUAUGGCUUUUAAUUCUUUAGGGGAAUAAAUGAAAAAUUUGAAUGGUUCUAUAUGUUCUAUUUAUGCUUAAGAAAUCUCAACUAAAUCUGAAAAGUAUUUUAGGGAAAUUUAAUUAGAUUUUGAUAUAUCGUAAAAAUAUUUAUCUAAGACAAUGAUUUAAUUUAAUGAAACAAGUCAAGAUUAUAAUUUAAAUGAUCUAAUUAUAUAUUUUAAUCCUUUGAAAGAUUAAGAUUUAUAAUUACUCCUAAUUAUUUAAUGUGAUUCAAUUUAAGUACCUUAAUAUAAUCAAGAAUUUCCAUUUGAAAAAACACAUGUUAUCACAGAUUAUUUUCUACUAAUAAAAUUAAAAACUUUCAAAUGUUAAUUGGGAGAAUAUUUAAAUUCGACAUCUGGAGGUUGCAUUGAAUGUGACAUUACGUAAAAUUAAUAUUCUGUCACAAUUGAUGCUAUAAAGUGUUAAUUUAAAAAUGAUAUUUAUAUGAAAAGCUUGCAACCAGCAAAAAUAGAACUUAGAGAAGGAUUCUGGAGAGCCUACUACUAUAGUAAUACGAUAGAAGAAUGCUAUCAUUUGAAACUAAAUUGUUUAGGAGGAUGGUAUACAGGGGAUAAAUCUUGUUCAUUAGGCCAUAUAGGGGCACUCUGCGAAUAAUGCGAUUUAUAUGACACUCUGGGAAAUGGAUCAUUUUCUUAGGGUUAAUCAUAUACUUGUUCUAGUUGUAAAGAUAUGGCUGGCAAUAUUGUGAAUAUAGCUUUUGCUUUAAUUUGGACCGUUUUAUCUGUGUUUUUAUCUGUCAAUAGCACGAUAAAAAUGAUUGAAGAAUUUAUAUUAUAUACUAAAUUAAGAACUAUAGAUAGGUAUUUAAUUUUUAGAUCCUCAUCUACGUCUGUAUUAAUUAAGGUGUUUACAAAUUAUCUUCAAAUUAUUGGUUCUAUUUCAACAUUUCAAUUAUCUAUUCCUAUUGGAAUAGUGCUUACUUUUAAAUCAGUAGGAAAUCCAAUAGAAACUAUGUCCUUCUCUUUAGACUGUUAUUUGUCUCAAAUUUCAACAAUUCCAAUACAUUAUUUUAGAAUUUUAUGGGGCUUUUUUAUGAUUGCAUGCUAUAUUUUUCUUUUUAUUGGAAUGCAUUUACUUAUUCUUAUCUAUAAUAAAUAGUAAUUGAGUAUGACUUUCAUAACAACAACACUUAUUUAUAUCUACAUAUAUUUAUCACCUAAUUUGAUUAGUGGUUUGGUUGCUUUACUAUCAUAUAGAACUAUAUCUGAUUUAAAAUGGAUUACUGGUAACGUUGCUUAUUAAUAUGAUACAACAGUACAUUAUAUUUGGUUAUCCACUUUUGCUAUUCCAGCUUUUAUCAUUAUUGGUAUCCUAUUGCCUGUUUUCUUUUGGUUCAUAGUUUAUUAUCAUAGAAAUAGAUUGAAUUAAGCCACAGUCAGAAAAUUAUGGGGCUAUUUAUAUAAUGAAUAUAAAUUAAAUACUUACUAUUGGGAAACAAUAAAAAUAUUGUAAAAAGAAUUUAUAAUUUAUGUCUUAAUUUAUUAUGAGGAUUACGUUGCAAUCAAAGCUUCUUUAAUUUUUUUUGUUUUACUUAUAUAUGGAAAAUUAACAAAUUAAUACAAACCUUACUAAACAGGUGAUUUAAAUUCGAUUGAUGCACUUUAAACAUCAAUCUGUUGCAUAUCAAUAAUUUUGGCUUAAACCAUAUAUACUGCAUAAACUUUAGAAAUUUAGGAGAUUGUUAUCCCUUCAUACACCAUCUUGGCAAUCUUAAAUUUUUAUUUUUUUGUUAAAGUGAUAUUCAAAAUAAUUUUUGCUUAUUUUAAUAAAUUAGAAGACUAAAUUGAUGAAAUUAAAGUCUAUUUAGAGUACUAAUUUCCCAGUAUUAUUCGUAAAAACUAAUUUUGUUUAAGAUACUUAAAAAGUAAUAAGAGUCGAAGAUAAGUCAUUAGACAAAGAUUCUUGUUGAUUAAAAAUUUCUUGUUAAAAUAGGCUAGAUAAAUCAUCCAAUAUAAGUAGGUUUUUAUUUCUAAUUUAGAAUUUAUGCUUUAAAAAAUGAUGCACCAAAUCUUUCAAAUGAAUAUGAUAGAAUUUCAACUGAUUAAAUUUUUGGAUCUGUUUAAAGGUAAACAUCUAUUUUUAGAACAAGCAUAAUGAAAUAAAAUACAUAAAGAAACUUAUUAAAGAAUUGA